UUGGAUAUUAGUUGUUCACCCCGGGACGUUUUCACGAAUGGACCGACUUGGCGGUUGUUGUAGCAACCGUGUUUUAGCGUGAAUAGCAACAACGUGAACAUCGUGUGUGUGGUCGUUAGUAGAAGAAGCGAAUCGUUUGUUACACAAAUGUUUAUCUACGUUUAACUUGCGUUUAACUCCGACCAAUGUUCUUUGUGUUCGUUCGGGAUAAAGUUAGCUAGAUAUCGCACUGUGGCUAAGAGCUACUGUGCAUAAGCCGAACAGGGGAAGUGGUGAGGCAGCGAGACUCUACUGCAGGAAACAGUGGGAUGAGAAUAAUCUCUGCUUCGCUAGUUUCAUGUUGUUUUGAGCAUAGAUAUAGUUUUGAGUGUUAGCUGAGUAGCUAGUAGCCGUGUUAGCAUGUCGGCUGUCAGCAGUCUCGUCCCUGCACGGUUUCUCACCAUCAUAGCUCAUCUUGUCAUCGUUAUCACCAUCUUCUGGUCACGGGAAAACAAUGUAAAGGCCUGUUUGCCUUUGGAUUUCACGCAAGAGCAAUAUGAAAUCGAAGACAGGAACUUGGUGGUGGCACUGGCCGUCACCCUCGGGCUCUUUGCCAUCGAGCUGGCUGGAUUCUUCUCAGGAGUUUCCAUGUUCAACUGCAGCCAAGGACUCCUGUCUCUGGCAGUCCACUGCAGUGCAUCUGUCUCCUUGUCUUUCUUUGUAUUUGAGAAGUGGGAGUGCUGGACAUAUUGGGUUAUUUUUGCUGUCUGCAGCGUGUUACCUGCGUUUGUGGAGAUUCUUCUGUUUAUAGCUGUUUUUGGUCUGAAGAAGAAACCACUAUGAAAGACGAUCCAGAUGGGAAGUGCUAUGAAAUACAGUCCUAGUCUGUCUCAAUGAGUCACAAGCAAAACCAAAAAACACCAGUAUAAUAUACAAGCCACUCUAUCUGCAACAUUUGUGUUUUUUGAAUGAAAUAGAUGCAGAGUGCUUAUUUUUAAAAUGUUUCAGUCAUUAGUUUAGAAAGUCAGUUGUAGUUUUUUUGUAACUUUGGGGAGAAAUGAAUGCUUACUUGUAAAUAAUAAUCAAUCUCUUUGUUUGUCAAAUUUCUAUGUAAAAUCUUAGACUGCUUUUUCCAUUCCAAAUAAACUUUGUACAAGUUGUUUCUUAAA